AUGGAUCUGAAUGAUGCCAAUCAAUGGCGGUUAGGUUACGACAAGCUUUGGGCAAGCCAACUUGAUGACCCUAUAAACUGCUUAGCUGUUGGAAAACCCUUCCUGGAAGAAUUGAGCGAAGAAAAUGAUGUGUUGGUUGGAACCACUGCUGGACGUGUACUCAUUUUGAAUCAGACAAAGCCUGUAGAGGGUCUCUUGGAUACCAAAGGAAACUCUAUCCAGGCUCUCAAAUUGCAUGAUUUGACAGGCUAUGGUGCACUUGACUUGGUGGUUGGAGACUCUGAUGGUGUGGUAACCCUGUUUUCCCGCCAACAGAUUCUUAGCAAACGAGAGCUAGGUUCUGCAGUAAUGCAAAUCGAGAUUUAUGAGGAUCAAGCUGGAGGUUACGAGAUAAUUGCCGGUGAUAUGCAUGGUACUCUUACUAGCUUUCAACAGCACGAUGCUCUGUGGAAGCUAAAUGUUGCAGAGGAAUCUGCAAAAGUAGCCACUUUGGGGAUUGCAGGAAGACGGUCUCCUUACAUCCGCUGUGUACUAUCGACCACAUUAAAGGAUUUAUCUGGAUUGAAUGUGUCUUGUCUGCUUGCAUGUGAUGGGUGGCCAUUUGUUCACUUUGUACAAGAAGGAGAGAAAAUAAUGACCUUGCGCGUACCGUCAAUUAUUCAUUCAAUGUGUGCAGGUCAUUUUUUGACAACUUCCACAGAAAAAUCAUUAAAUGACCAGCAACCUAAAGCAAUUCAUGCUGGUCAAGAUGUCAAAAUAAAUUCAAAGCAAGUAUUACUAGCAGGGGAGGAUGGAAAUGUCUACAUACUAGUGAAUUUUGAGGUUUAUUUGUGGUUUACAGUCGGAAUUUGCCUCACCAACAUCCUAACGUUCCGUCCUUCUUGGCUUCUUGAAGAAGAACCUGAUAUUAUCAUUUGCGCUGGCCAAUCAAAUGGAGUUUAUAUAUAUCAUGGUAGAAAGAUGGUUGGUGAAAUUACAACCGCAGACUGGCCUCAUGCUAUGACAAUGGGUGAUGUCAAUGCGGAUGGUCAAGACGAACUUGUGUUAGGAUUAUUGGAUCAGACUGUUGAAGUAUAUCGAUUGAAUCAAAUCAAAUCAAAGGACGAGAUGAUGAUGUCUUGUUAA